AUGGAACAUCCUGGAUUUAAAGAAGUAGUAGGUAGAGUAUGGCAACAGAAUAUACCAGGUAAUGCAAUGCAUAAGAUAUGGAAAAAAUUGAAACAGUUGAAAUUUGAUUUGAAGGACCUGAACACAUUUAUGCAAUCAUAUGUUUACAAGUUGAACCAAGCCAGGCAACAACUCGAACAGGUCCAAGCAGCAAUUGCGGAUCAGCCACUAUGCCAAACUCUAUUUGACCAGGAGAAAGAACUUAUAAGUGUGAUUGAGAAAUGGAGCACUGUGGAAGAAAAGGUGUUAAGACAUAAGUCCAGAGCUUGUUGGAUAGAUAGUGGGGAUGCUAACUCUAAGUAUUUUCAUGCACAGCUGAAGAUAAGAGCAAGCAGGAAUGUUAUCACAAUAAUCUAUAAUGAGCAUUGGGUGAAAUUGACUACUCCACAGGAUGUAGAGGCAGAAUUCAUGCAGUUCUUUGUCAACCUAAUGGGCACUAGUAAUGAUGUGAUGCUAUGCCCAAAUUCUGAGGUAACAAGGAAAGAACCUUGUUUAUCUCUUCUUCAGCACCAACAAUUGGUCCAAGAGAUCACCAGACAAGAGAUAGCUGAUGCAAUAAAGGGCAUGCCAAGUGACAAAGCACCAGGAGUGGAUGGGUUUCCGAUUGAGUUUUUCACUAAAAAUUGGGUGGAGAUUGGUGAGGAUGUCUACCAAGCUGUGACUCAAUUUUUCACUACUGGGAAGAUGAACCAUGCUUGGAAUGUUACUGCUAUGACAUUGGUAUGUAAAGUUCACUCCCCAACAUAG